AAGUAGAAUUCUAUCUGAACAAAACGAAACGUAAAAGUUGUCCUGUCGUCGCGAUUCAACGUGAAUAGUAAAAUAUUUCAUCAUAUCUUGAGAAAUUAAAACUAAUAUAAACUCUGUACACUACAGAAAUAGAAAAAUUAAAGCUUCAAGAUGCCGUUGUCGUGUCGGUUUUACCAAGAGAAGUAUCCUGAGGUGGAGGAUGUGGUGAUGGUGAACGUGCGGUCCAUCGCCGAGAUGGGCGCGUACGUGCACCUGCUGGAAUACAACAACAUCGAGGGAAUGAUCCUGCUCUCCGAGUUGUCCAGGAGACGUAUCAGAUCCAUCAACAAACUGAUCAGAGUCGGCAAAACUGAACCCGUGGUCGUGAUCAGAGUGGACAAAGAAAAAGGUUACAUAGACUUGUCAAAACGGCGAGUGUCAGCCGAGGACAUAGACAAGUGCACAGAGAGGUACGCGAAGGCGAAAGCGGUGAACUCCAUCCUGCGUCACGUGGCCGAACUCCUGCAUUACGAGAGCUCGGAGCAGCUGGAGGAGCUGUACCAGCGGACCGCCUGGCACUUCGAGGAGAAGUACAAGAAGAAGGCAUCCGCCUAUGACUUCUUCAAACAGGCUGCUGUAGACCCCUCAGUCCUGAACGAAUGUGGUCUUGACGAAGAGACCAAAGAGGUCCUGCUAGCCAACAUCAAACGCAAGCUGACGUCGCAGGCGGUCAAGAUCCGAGCUGACAUUGAAUGUGCGUGCUACGGCUACGAGGGUAUUGAUGCAGUGAAGGCUGCCUUGAAGACUGGCCUCACUGUGUCUACCGCUGAGAUGCCCAUCAAGAUCAACCUUAUUGCCCCACCCUUAUAUGUAAUGACAACUUCCACCCCUGAAAAGACGGACGGCCUGAAAGCGCUGCAGGACGCCAUAGAUAAGAUAAAAGAGAACAUUACUGCGGCGGGCGGCGUGUUCAACAUUCAGAUGGCGCCUAAAGUGGUGACGGCGACGGACGAGGCGGAGCUGGCGCGGCAGAUGGAGCGCGCGGAGGCCGAGAACGCGGAGGUGGCCGGCGACUCCGCCGAAGAGGACGAGGACCACGGUAUGGGCGAUGCUGGCAUGGAGGACGUGCCCCAACAGAACGGAGCUUCCGACGAGGAGGAGGACAACUGAACACCAUGUAUACACACACUAUAGCGUAUACAAUAAUACAACACCCCUUACAUACAGCUCUAUAUGUAUUAUGUACGAGAUGUCGCGUUACUUCUUAUUGAAUAUACAGAUGUUUUAUACAA